GAUAUUUUCUGCCACAGCCCUGAGUAUUUUUUAUUUUUAUUUUUUUUAGGAUGUGGGGUGGGGGGCAACACAAAGCAAAUAAGCACCAAGCUGGCUUGACCUGCUCUUUGUAGAUAUAAAGGACUCAUUUUAAGACACAAUAAUUCUUAAUAUGCACUAAUGAAAACAUGCUUAUUAAUAAGAAAUCUUCCUAAAUGUUACACACUGGACCUUUAAUCGCAGGUUAAUCGAUGGAGAUGAUGGUUAUUGUUGCUCUAAUUGAACAUUAGGUCUCCAUCCAUGUUUCAUAACAUGAUUUCAUCAACAUUUGUAUUUGGGAGUUCCUAGUCUGGCCAGUCACCUUGACAACAUUGGCCCAAUGACAGCGCGCACGCGAACUAGGCCAGCCAAUCAGAGGCAUCCGGUAAAGCUGCAUGUCAUUGCUGCCCCGCUCGCAACCUGCACCGUGUUUUGUUUGUCUGUCUGCGCACCAGUGAUGAAAUCUCGGGGUUUGCUGCUGCUGCGUCUGCCGCCGCCGCCGCUGGCUCGCUACAAACGGAGGAAAUCUCUCAUGACUCCCCGCUCAUGAGGACUCCGGUAACCGCAGAGGACGCACGGAGCAGGACCGAAAGGCAGCACCGCCACCGCCGGGGCUCUGGAGUCAGGUGCUGUUGGAUGAGAGUCUGACUAGGCAUUUUCUCCCCGGUGACAGAGACAAUCUCAGCGGCGCAUCUUCCCACAUCCUCCUCUUCCACCUCCUCCCCUCCCUUCUCUUCUCUUCUCCUCCUCCUCCUCCACCUCUGCUGCCCUCCACCAAGGCUGCAGCCCACCGACCAUGGCCCUGGUGACUCUGCAGCGCUCUCCCACCCCUAGUGCAGCAUCUUCGGCCAGCACGACCAACAGCAGUGCGGGGGAGGACUUUGGAAGUGACGAUGACCGGAAAAAUAAUCAGAGCCUUAGUGAGAGCUUCUUCAUGGUCAAAGGAGCCGCCCUCUUCCUCCAGCAGGGCGGCAGCGCACAAGGACCAAAGACCCCGACCCACCACAAACAUGCAGGUGAUUUACCUCAACAUCUGCAGGUCAUGUUCAAGAUCCUCCGGUCUGAAGAUCGCAUUAAGCUGGCUGUACGGCUCGAGAGCGGAUGGUCAGACCGGGUGCGCUACAUGGUCGUCAUCUACACCAACGGCCAUCAAGAUACAGAGGAAAAUAUCGUCGUGGGAAUGGACUUCACAGACAAGGACAGUAAAGAAUGCUCUAUUGGGAUGGUGCUACCACUGUGGAGUGAUACCAACAUACAUUUAGACGGAGAUGGAGGCUUCAGUGUGAACACAGCAGGGCGGUCACAUGUCUUCAAGCCUGUAUCUGUGCAGGCCAUGUGGUCUGCCCUUCAGGUCCUCCACAAGGCAUGCGAGGUGUCACGCCGCUUCAACUACUUCCCCGGGGGCAUUGCUCUCACAUGGAUGGCCUUCUAUGAGAGCUGCAUCACCUCGGAGCAAAGCUGCGUCAAUGAGUGGAACGCUAUGACCGACCUCGAGACCACCCGGCCUGACUCACCUACCAUGUUCGUCGACCGGCCAACAGAACGAGAGAGAACAGAGUGUCUCAUUAAAGCCAAGCUACGCAACAUCAUGACGUUUCAAGACCUGGAGAACAUCACCUCGAAGGAGAUCCGUAACGAGCUGGAGCAGCAUAUGAGCUGUAACCUCACAGAGUACAAAGAGUUCAUAGACAAUGAGAUGCUUCUGAUCCUGGGUCAGAUGGACAAGGCCACGCUUAUCUUUGACCACGUGUACUUGGGCUCUGAGUGGAAUGCUUCCAAUCUGGAAGAACUACGUGACUGCGGAGUUGGUUACAUCCUGAAUGUUACCCGAGAGAUUGACAACUUCUUCCCGGGGAUGUUCUCUUAUCACAACGUCCGUGUGUACGAUGAGGAGGCCACUGACUUGCUGGCCCACUGGAACGACACGUACAACUUUAUCGUCAAAGCCAAGAAGAACAAUUCAAAGUGCCUGGUGCACUGUAAGAUGGGGGUGAGCCGGUCUGCCUCUUCAGUCAUUGCCUAUGCUAUGAAAGAGUAUGGCUGGUCUCUGGAGAAAGCCUACAACUUCGUCAAGCAGAAACGGAGUAUAGCUCAGCCAAACGCUGCUUUCAUGAGACAGCUGGCAGAAUACGAAGGAAUCCUGGACGCAAGUAAACAGCGUCACAACAAGCUAUGGAGGCCUGAAACAGAUGAAGAGGGAUCAGAUGAUUUACAAGCCUCUGGCCACAGUACUGGCGGGGAGGAGACGCCGGUGCUCAGAGAGGAAGAGGCCUGGGGAGGUUGUGGUGCGUCUCCCUGCAGGGGUAUGGGUCUGGAGAUGGAGCCCCUUGAUUCACUUAACUAUAAUUACUAUUUCAGACGUUUGUCAGACUCUGCACUAGACAGCGAGCCCUCCACCCCAGUGCGGGGUCCUCCUCUGCUAGGCAUGGAACGGGUUUUCAUUGAGAUCGAAGAUGUGGAGAGGGAUGCCCUGCUGGAGGAUGAGGGUUUCCCCAUGGCCCAUUUAGCCCUGCCUGGCGAGGGCACGGCAGCUCAGACGUGUGGCCGCCUUGACCCCCUGGAGGACAUGCGACUGAGGCUUGAGUUCAGCACUUUGGAGGAAGAAGAUGAGGAGGAGGCUAAGAAAGAGGAAGCUGAGAUGGCAGCGUUGGCUCAGACACCUGGAAAUUCAGAUGGUAGGAAGGCGGGCGAGGAGGGCGAGAGGACGGAAGAAAGCCGGUUAGGCCUAGCCAACCUGAACACCAACAACAGCAACCGCCUGGCUGCCAAGCGCAGCUGUCCUGCAGCUUUUGACGACAGUGCUAGCACAGGAAACCCUUUAAAAGUGAAGCCCUCCUAUCAGUCCUGUAAAGACUGCCUGCGUCUACCACAAGGGCGGCGUUGUGACCGUCCAGCAGGAGGCCGUUCUCACCGCCUUAACCCCUCCCGCCACUGCACUGUCCCCACCAUAUACAUAGAUCCACCCGGGACCAAUUUUGCCUCCACCCCGAUUCUGCAUUCCCUUCAAGCCCCUGCAGUCGUCCCAGCUAACUUGAUCCAGCCCUGUAGUCAUCUCUACCGCUGCGCCACCUGCACUCCCAGCGUCCCACCUGUCCCACUAACCAACCACCAGAAACUGGUCUCGCCCAUGAGCUGUGAAGAGACACCUCCUGACCGCAGCUCGGUGGAGACGGAGGACAUGGACGAACCACAGGGGGACGACGUGGGAGAACAAAUAUCGAGGGAGGGAGCUGGGGCUGUCGUUGCGACUACCGCUGAUGGUGCAGUUGAGCUCCAGCUGCAAAUGCCGGGAAUGGGGAUAGAUUUUGGUCUGGAACUGAUGCGACAGAGGGCAGAAAGGCUCGAGAAGCUGCCGAACUUGGGCAUGGAGGGCCAGCUUCCAGUGGGGCCCCUGCCUUAAUACAGUGGCCAUAGCAUGGAUGAGAUGGAGGAGGAGGCUUACCACUGCCUCCACUAGAUACACUAUGAUGGAUGUGGGCCUUUAGAUGACUGCCGCUGUGGUGUCGUACCAGAAACGAAGCUCCGCUUUGACCUGUACUGUCAUGUCCUGGCCUCAUAGCUGCACUGUAACAAGCUGCAACAGCCCUCUCUGCGUUUACAGAGAGCGUUCUGUCAUCGUCUACUGGCAUUAUGAUCCAGAUGAGGCUGGUUGUUUUGACCAUUUGCUAAAGGCUUGAAUGCUUCUGGCCAAGGUAAGGACUUAAGACUUUCCGUGUCCUCCACUUGUCCCCUCAGACUUGACUGAUCUGGUCUCUUCUGAGCCUGCUGGCCCCACCACAUACAGGAUCAUCACUCUUCCCCACAGCCCAGUGGAGAUGAGCGUUACGCUGCCAUUUUACUCUCAACAGACAAGGUUUGGCAAGACAGGAGACAGUGGUGGUUUCUUCUGAGAAAGCGAUAGCUAGCACUUUGAUAUUGAUGGAAGGAUAAAUACCUGAAGUAACAAGCUUUUGUCAGUGUACUGUAUGUUUUUACAUCCAACUCAACAGUAUUCAUGAAGGAGCUCCAUGAAUGUCUGCAGUUGAGCCUGUUUGAUUGCAUUCAUUAUCUCCUCAUGUUAGCGCUGACUGAAUCCUCACUUACCUUCACUUAUAUUUUCCCUGCCGCAGCUGCUUUUGCAUCACAAGAGGGCAUUUCAUGUGUCAUUUAAAAAAAGAAGAAGAAGAUGCAAACAUAUGUGAGCCUCUUCAGGCCUCUUUGUAAAGCAUCGUACCUCGGACCACAAGCAUCUCGGGACUGUUUUGGUCAAAGACUGUUUUGUUGUCUCUGCUCAGUGGCUGGUUUCACCCCCCGACCACCUCCAUUAAUGUAAUCAUGUACUUAAAGCACUCGCUUUAGCCCACGCAUGACUUUGCAGUAUUACACAACAUAUCGUCGACAUUAAAGUCGCCUUUAAUUUCCACUUUUGAGUUUUUGAAAUUUUGCCAACAGAAGGCGCAAUCAUUCAUCGGAUGGAUGAUAAAUUGUUUGAAUUGAACCUUUCAUCUUAUUCCAAAAGAAAAAAACACUGUUGUUGGAAGACAUUACAUUCAUUCAGAAGCAUACAUGUAAUUUUAUUUUUUAAUUCCUGACGUAAACAAAGCCAUAUCAUGUUGCCAGGUCCAGUCAAUCAUCUGGGUAGUAAUUUAUCUAAAAGGUUCUCAUGGUAGACGUGCUUCACCCAGUUAACUUUUUUGAUCACACGUUGGAGAAAAAAACAUAGGCUACCUUUCCCUAAACACACAAACAUUUGCAAAGGCACACUCAUUAUGUAUAGAUUUAGCACUUGAGCACAACUCUAGUGUCCAUUCACACAGACAUAUUUCUGAUAUGGUGCAGUGGUUAGCACUGUCGCCUCGCAGCAAAAAGAUUCCUGCUUCGAACCUGCAUGUUCUCCCUGUGAAUUUCCUCCCACAGUCCAAAGACAUACACUUAGAUAAAUAGAUAAAUUAGUGACUCUAAUGACUCUAAUAACUUAUCUGUGACAAACCGGGGCACACCCUGGACAAGGGAUAGACUCCCGACGACCCUGAUGAGGAUAAGUGGUUACAGAAAAUAGAUGGAUGGAUAUUUCAUAUAUAUACAGCUAGGUUUAAUCAAAUUAUUAAAAGAAGUAGUUACAUCCUUGUGAGUGUAGUUUAUUUGAUUUAAUGGACAGAGAGUUACAGUCAACAGCAGAUGUUGCUGUAAAAUUUGAUCAUUUACAGUUUUUGUGAAAUAAAAUAAAACUACAGUUAUUAUUCUGACUUUUACCAAAUUAAAUAUUUCUGUUUACAGUGUGAAAAUUACAAAUUCAAUCUUAAUUUACAGUACUAGAUUUCCUUAAAUAUAGAAUAAGUAGUGUAUCAAGAAAACAGGUUUUUGAUACCUCAUCUGUUCUGCCCCUUCAAACAGUCUUUUCCUUAUUUGUUAUUUGGACUUUUCAUUUUUUUUACAUGUUCAAACAGCUCAAGGCGUGUUUUGUUCUCAUUUGGUGUGUCACCUAUCCAAAGUUGCUGUGCCACAGGGUGUUGUUACUGUUUGGUUGAUGUUGUGUUCUUACUGUUUUUGGCACGCUGGGUGUGCUAGAAUGGUACUGAAUGUUGCUUGUUUGUAUGCAACAGGAAAAGCACAUGCAAGUGUUAUGACUGUGUUGAAGGAUCCGAGUUGCUACGUAGGAAAUGAAAACUGUGCAAAGAAUGAAUGCAAAUGGUGUAAUCCUCUUUAACCACAUGGUUAUUGUAUAUUUUUUGUGUAGAUUUUGCUUUCCUCUAGUUAGAUUAGUAGAAACUGCGACAAACAACAACAAUGCAUCCUCUGUUCCUCCUCCUCCCUUAACUGGAUCCCAGAGAGCUGCAGGUUUGCUCCACUAGUUAGAUUUGAAUAAUGUGGUUUUGCCUUUAACCUGUUCUUCCCCUCACGUGGCCAUUUGAGCAAGAUAUAUACCGUAAAGGCACUUACACAAAGAUGUUCAUAGUAUAACGUUCAAAUUGCCAUAAACUUAAUAAUAAAUUCUUCAUCUGUAAGAAUUAAAAAAUGUUACAAGCUUGCUAAAGGCAAUGAAAGACAGAUUUAAGGAUAAUAGGAUUUUUGGGAAAUACACAUUUGCUUUGUUGCUGAGAAUGAGAACUGGUUAGUUUAUUUUAGCACAGCUGGUCUAGCAAAGGUAACAAAACGUUUUAACACUUAAACAAACUAAGCUAAGCAGAUGCUUGCAGUAGUUUCAUAUUUACUGACAGGCAUAAGGAGUGGUAUCUAUGUUGUUAUCUUAAAUUUCUCCGGGAAGUUAGUCAUAGAAAGUCUAGUUAAUGUUUCAAACCCCACCGGACACGUCGCGGUCCGUUUCAGACGCAGCCCCAGAAGCAGCUUUCCGCUUGACUUUGCUGCCAAUACGCGGCUGUUCCGUUUUUGACAGAGCAGCUUGAGCUGGCCAUAAGUCAGACGCAGAACUGAAAUAAAGAUAAAAUUUAAAAAUAAAAUAAAAAGAAAUAAAACAACUUUGAUUGUUAAAACAGACAAAAAGAAAAUGAUUAAACUACAUGGCACAUUUACAUAUUUAAAAGCCCAUAAACCAGUAAAAAGUCUGACGGGCCAAAGGCCCCAACAUGCUGGUGACGUACCCGGUUCAGUUUCUCCGAGGUGCUAUUAGGCGGAUAUUUUUCAGACAGGCUAGUUAGCUCGUCUUUAUGCUAAGCUAAGCUAACCAGCUGCUGGCGGUAGCUUCAUAUUUACUGACAUGAGGAGUAGUAUCUAUGCUGUUAUGUAACGCUCAGCAAGAAAGCAAAUACACGUAUUUCCCUUUAAUACAUUAUCAAUAUGAAUCUAAUGUAAGCCAGUAAUUCUCAGUAUAAUAACAAUCUUGACAGGUGGGCCUGAUCUGUGCGUGACAUUAAAAGCACUAACUAAUACUUUCUAUUUGCGUUGCCAGACCGCAGCACCGCGUUCGGUUGUUUGCUUCAUGUUUUGAAUUUGUUUUUGUAUUUAAGUGCCUUAACCUCGGCCUUAGCUCGAUCAUAAAGCAUCACAGGCGUUGCAAAGUUUCUGUCAGUGUGUUGAAAGGUCUGGCUUUUUGUACAUUAUUUACCCUCACUCCCAAUAAUAACCACGCUCCUUGCGAUGUAUAACUUGGCACAUAAUAUAAUGUAUGCAAACACACUCACACACACACACACACAUACACACAAGCUCAUGCACAGCAGCCUCCUCCACCCCGACACAUACACAUACUUGAUGGACUUCCAUUUAUUAAUAGCCUAUAAUAAUAUUGUAUUUGUUUGAUAUUGUUGAAACUUGUGGUACACUGUAUUGGUUCAAUAGCUGGCUGAAGAACCUUACUUGCUGGAAUGAGAACUAUCAUUUACAUUAAAAACAUUAGAUUAAGUCUUUGAAAUUUACCAGUCUGUAUAUAUUUUUUCUCUACAAUUUGCUAUCGAGUACAUUAGCUUGCAGAUGUGGCCAAUAUUAAGAAAAGCACUGAUAAUGCUACUGUGUAUUGAGAAGUACUCAUAAUUAAGUUCUCGUGUUUGUACCACAGCAAAAAAAAUAGAAAAAGAAAAAAAAAAGACUUUGGGCCAUCUCUAAUUUAGGCAAAUGUCUUCAAGCUCUAUUUAAAAAAAAAAGGCAGUUAUUGAAUUUUUUAUUGCAUUAUUCCCAGGCAGCAGGCAUCAAACUGACAAUCCUACUUAAGAGCCAGACAUUGAGGAAUUUGCGAGGACGGAUAUUAAGACAUAUUGUAAGUUAAAAAGGGGGAUCCAGGCAUUUAUAGAGUGUAUUUAUAGAGCACAAGUCUGCCCCAACGCAUGUGAGGUUGAGACGAGUGGAGAAAAAAAAACAUGAAAAAUCUACCUGGGAGUAAGAUUUUGUUACGUUAAUUGUUUUUGUUAACUUUUGUGUACUGUACUGUACAUUGCCAAUGUUCAUGUGUAAUGCACUUUUUUUUACAUUUUGUUAAAUGAUGUCCAGUCUAAUGUUUAUCAUGGAAAUAAACUUUCCUCUGCAUAA